UUUGAACCAUGUUUGGUGAGUAAGAUGGACUUAUCCAGAAGUACAUUGGCUACGGCAAAGACUCUUGGCCUAGAAGUUUUCCAAAAUUGGUCUGCAAAUAUUGUGGAAUUAAAUUUAAGUGGGAUAAAAGACCUUACAGCUGACCAGCUAAGACCUUACAAAGAAAGUUUCACUAGCCUUAAAACCUUGGACAUCACAUUUACUAAAAUUUUCUUAUGUGAUUUGGAUAAGAUUUGCUGCGAAAGCAUAAAAAAUAUUGGUAUAAAUUUCUUUAAACCACAUUUUUUCAAGCCAUCCUUAAAUGUAGACAUAUUAAGAAGGCUUGGACCUCAUAAAGAUAAAGACUGGACGAACAUUUCGGAAUUAUUUAAAAAACAAAAAUUUGAGAAGGUCCAUUUUAUUUUAUUGAGGUUUCACAGGUUAGAAUUUCCAAUUAAAUUUAUGGAAGAUAUAUCUUUGACCAAGGAUUUAAAAAUAACGCUUGCCGACUGGUGCGGCCAUUGCCGUGGUAUGAGUUGUGAGGAAUAUGAACCGUUUACCGAUUUUGCAGGAAGCAGUUACAUUAAUUUCGAAAAACUAAGUUAUAUUUUUCGUUACUGUCACGAAACUUCUCAACGAAACCAUCAGUCGCCUGAGUGGCUAGGAGGAAUAUCCAACUUGAACUACACUCAGAUAGAAUAUAUAUUUAUAAUGCAUUAUAAUGGCAUUAUACGUAUCUGCGUAUCUCCCAAAAUGAGUGAAAUUUUUAUGCCAAAUCACCACUCCAAUAUAGCAGUACGUGUCCAAUCACCAUUAUCUGUAAAUUUCAAAGUAAGAGGAAACAUUGUUCUUAAAGCCUGGAAUGCAAACUUAACCGUUUUCGACGAUGAUUUUUUUGAAGCAUUGCUUCUUGAGUUAACCGAUUACUUCCCCACUUACGUUUGCAUGCGUAGAAAAACUAAAAUGAAUGCAACUCAAGCACCGAGCAAUUGGUACUGCAUAGACUCGUGUGAUACUUACGAUGGAUUUGUUGAUAAUAUCCCAGAAAAUGUUACUUUGACAGAUGUGUGUAGAAAAGGUUAUUUGCCCGAAUGGAACCAGCCCAUUACUCUGAAAAUAGAACUUGGAUUCUUUAAGAAUAUUACAUUUUUAAGUGUAAGGGAUGUUUUUUUGAAAGACGACUUUUUUGGACAUAUUUUUUUACAAUGUAAAAAGUUGCACACUCUCGAUGUGUUCAUUCAAAAACGUGACACUUUGUGCCUUGGCAAAGAUUGCACACUAUCUUUAUUUACCAACCUGCAUGAGACAAGGCUAAAAAAUCUAAGGCUUCACUUAAGAGACAUUGAUUACAGCAAUAUCUUCAAUUCAUUUUCGAAAUGUUCUAGUUUGGAAAAUAUUCACAUAUGCGACCAACGUGACGAGGUCGUAGACGAAGCAAGUAACAAAAGUAUCUUAUUGUUUAUGGAAAAGUGUUCCAAUUUAUACAAUUUAUUCAUUGAAGCAGAAAUGGAAACAGAUGAUUUCGAAGUUCUUGAAUAUCGUUUAAAUUUUGCUGCAAAGAAGUUGGCGAAAGACCACUUGAGCAUCCAGGUGUGCUAUUAUGGCUGCAAUUUUAAUCCUUUCGCAGAUGUGUUCAACCCAAGUCCUCUGGACAUCACGCAGUGA